GCCUACAAUGCUAAAAUGGAAGAUGUUCAUUGUUCUCCAAAACAAAAGAUGGUGGUGAAGAGUGCAGAUUAUGGAGACUUUAAUAAGAAUGGUGCCUUUAAUGACGAUCAAAAUAUUGAUACCACGUGCAGCAAAUUAACUAAUUGUCAGGUGAAAUCUCGUUGUGGAGGAAAUAGAUCUUGUGAACUGACCAUGGAUAAAAAUUUACUUGCAUCACAAUACUGUUCUGAUACUUUGAAAGAAAUUUAUACCAAGUACACUUGUGUGGAUGCCUACGGCUCUUCCACUAUAACUACAGGUAAUAGUGAUAUAAUUACAUACGACCAUAUCACUAAGACCGUAUAUCGAAGGCACUCCGAGACUAUGUAUAAACUAAACAUUCCAAAUAGACUUUUUGACUGCACAUGUUUAUUCAUUUGCACUUUUGCACCAAACGACCUCGCUUUUCGUGUACAUGUGUGUGUCUGUGUUAGCAUGGCAUCCAGGCGCACAUGAAAGUUAUAUCAUCUUGUUUCCUGCACGAAUAUGUUUCUCCUUGAUCUUGAUCCCGCGCCCGCCAUCACAAACCUAUUCUUACCCCUACUGCGCACGAAACGUGAGGAAUAACCACAUGGAUACAAGGCUGAACUAAGGCUGAACUAAGGCUGAACUAAGGCUGAACUGUGCCUUUAAGAAAUAGAAAACGAGUCGCGUGCGUUUACAUUCCUUGCAUUAUGACACCAUAAACACACGAGACGAGUUCUAUUUCUUCAGUUAUAAUAUUAGAAGAAGAUAUUACCCAGUGGUAGUGCUUAUAGAAACAAGCUUGAAUUUUCAGGCGCGCGAAGGAAAAAAAACAUAAAUUUUAGAAAUUAAACUUAAAUAGCAACCAAUUCGAAUUUGUUAUGUUGCCUCAGUGACAAUCGUAUUUACCAAUAUAAGCCAUGCACACCACAAUAGUAACAAAUAUGCAGUAUGCAUGGUAACACAUUCAUAAAUUAUUAUAUUACACAAGAAUUAUCAGAUACUGUAUUUACUCGACUGUACAAAAAAGUAUAGUCAAAAUAUUUUGCACAAUUUUUGACUCACUCGCAAUCGGAGAAAGAUUAACUACCCAAUCAAGUUCCCCUUGGUACCCAUGCAGGCAUAAUUGAUGAACGGUGUACAUACAGCAAAAAAAUAUUAUAUACCACUCUUCGAUGACGGGUGUAAAUCUAAAUGCUGCAAAUUUACUUUAAAGAAUGAAGGACAAAACUCAGCAAUAUUACACAACGCUUAAAUUUGAAUAGUGAAGUAGUUUUUUGGACGUAAUGAAAGGUUUAUAUUUACAAAAAAAAUUCAAGUGCACUGUUCGAUUUUAACCACUAUAAUUUUUUUAUUCCUGCUUUAGCGCCCAGAAUUAGAUUGUCACGUCGAAACACAGGUUUCAUCGAAAUAAGAAAUGGUUCAACUUGGAGGAGAGUUGUUGAAGAAAAUUGGGAUAAGAACCGUCAGAAAAUGUUGUGUCAGCACUUGGGAUUUGAAGAGACUGCUGACAAUAAAAUUGUUACCAAACAAUUAGGGAGUGGACAAAAUAUUGCAACUGGCGACUUCGUAUGUUAUAACACUAUACAACCGAGUGGAACAUCCUGUUGUAUCCAUCUUGAACCCUCCACAUCUCCUCCGAGUACUAAGAUUACAGAUGUGCAAUGUAAGUGUAUAGGGCUUAUAUAGUGUAGCAGGCUCUCAAAGCCUCAAAAUAUCGGUGAGCAACGCCGUAUGCACAGAAUUUAAUAUUUGAAUUAUAAUGUCGUAUGUUUCCUUGAAUUGAGCACUAUGUACCUAGCCAAGUCAGGCGGGAAUAUUGCGUCACACCAGGAGAAAUGCCGUCGCAAUUUGGGGUGCCAAAAACAAUGCACUAUUGACAGCAAAUGAAGCCACUAUUUUAAUUCGCCAGAAAAUUGUUGAAGGGUUUAUAGUGGAAAUUUUGAGUGGAACUUUUAUACAUUUAAUGGGCCUAACGGCCCUAACGGCCCUUAAAACCUGCCGAAAUUGUGACGGCUACCCACCGGGCACACGACGUUGUUUCAACGUUGAAAUUUGGUCGAAAAAAGGUUGCGACGUCGACAACCUAAUAUCUACGUUGCUUUGACGUUGUUUUACAAACAUUGGUUCAACAGCAGCCAACAGACGUUGAAUUAACGUUCAUUCAUGGUUAAAUGUACGACGUCGAUUUGUGAACCAAUCUCAACGUUGUUUUAACGUGGAUUCAACGUUGAAUUAUGGUUGACGAGAUUGGCAACCUAAUUUCAACGUUGUUUCAACGUCGAAACAGUAACGUCGAUCCAAUUUGCAUAGUCAACCCUUUUUCAACGUCUAUACAACGUCUGGAAGGUCAUUUCCAACGUUGAUUCAACGUUGGAUAAACGUCAUUUUGCCCGCUGGGUAAUAGACCUUAUGCAUAAUGACGUCACAAGGCUUGAUGCCCGCGAGGAAUGCUGGUCUAAGUAGUAGUCAUCACCCAGGAAAAUUAAACAAUUUAAAAUGGCCACUAUCGAAAUAUUCCCGGGCGAUGACUACUAAGACCAGCAUUUCUCGCGGGCAUCAACCCUUGUGACGUCAUUAUACAUAUAUUAAGGUCUAUUCAUCCCGUACUGUAUUUCACUGUAUUUAGCUUUGGUGGAACUCAACUAUGUGUUGUGACGUCACUUUCAAGGACUGAAUAUAAAGGAGGUUCCAUUACAUUGCGUAGACUCAGGCUACUCAGCAGCCCGAGUAGAUGCCAAUGCAGGCGUUAAUUUACUUUUAAUCUAAUUUUUAAUCUAAUUUUACUGUAGGCAAAAUAUGUGACAAACCGCUACUCCAUGACACAAACGAUUUUCCAGACUCCGUAUUUUCUGGAAGUGGUGAUCCAAAUGAUAAUUAUGAACGUGCAAGGAUUACUAAAGGUGGCUGGUGUCCGUGGGGUUCUGGUACUAGAUAUCUUAUGCUUGAUCUUCAGAAACAAUAUCACAUAACACAAGUUGUAGUUAUGGCUGAUAGCUCACAAACAAGGUGGAGCAGCUCAUAUUCGUUAAAAUACAGUCAUAAUAAAACAUUGGUGGAUGGUAGCAGUGCAAUACCGGUAAUAUAAAAAAGAUAGUGGGCGUUCUUUCCUAGAAAGAAUGUAGGUAGUGCUUCUUGCAAGAUUAGCCCGUAUCCAUGGGGAGGGAACAAUAAGUGACUCCUUGGCUUAUUUACUCUGAACUGGUAGAUCGGGCUAAAUAUACACUACUUAAUUAAUCACCGCGCGCGGUAUUUAAAAGAAAACCAACACAAUCAUGGACUAAAUACUGUCUAUUCACACUAUCAUUUCAGCGGUCGCAAAGCCUGCUGGUAUAUAGAGCUCCGAACUUCUAGGCAUGACCUCUCAAGUUAAAUCUGCUCAUUAAAUGUAUUUGAGUGACAGGGUCUUUUCUAUUUGUACAAAGUCCGGACACUUUAUUUUAAACCGAACAAACACUAAUUUUUUAAACAGAUUAGCGCUGGGUUGAAUUGCGACUAUGGUAUGCAUGCAUGCAUGCAUGCAUGCAUGCAGGCAAAUGUAUAUUCCUAUAUUUAUCUGUACAUGUUAAUUUAGCCAUAUUAUUAUUUUUGUCUUUUCACUGUGGAAGAAAGGUAAAAUGUAUUUCUGAAUUCUUACCAUGUUUCAGAUAAAAGGAAACAAGUAUGGCUUCAAAGCAUCGACAACAAACCUUACUAUUUAUAAUGUGAGAUAUCUGAAAAUAGAAUCCACUGACAACCAAAACUUUUGUCUUCGAAUAGAAUUGUGUGGAGAGGGUAAGACAUGACUUUGCUAUUAGUUGUAAAAAUUAGGAUUUUUAUCAUUUGCUUCAUUUAUGCAUAGGAUUGGACUUAGAAUUAGUGUUAGAUAGUGAUUAGUAUUAGAUAGUUGAAAAUUUUAAUUGUUGUGACAAGUGGUAAUUGAGCUUUAUUAUGUGAUAAAUAACAUGCAUGCAUAUUCAAUUUUUAACAUAUUGACUAGAGUAGAUUUGUUGAUGACUACAUCCUAGUGGUAAAGGAUCAAACAUCAACCUGUUUUUGUCCAAUGGCAAAAAAUCCUUGAUUUUGGCUUGAUCAAGACACAACUUUCCUUUUGAUGUAAAGUUGAAGAGAAAUGAAUCAAACUCCAUCCUUUACCAGGGGCCGGUUGUAUGAAACUCUAGAUCUUCACUACUUUUAACCACUAUUUUGUAGUUAGGUAGUAGAAAACUCUAAAAUACACGAUUUUGAUUGGUUGACUUUCGCACUAACUCUAGUUAACUUCAAUUAAUUACUUUUUUAUACAACCGGCCCCCAGAGCAUGGUGUUAUGAUCAAAGUACACUUUAUCAUGUUUCAAGUAGCACUACGUGACCAUGCAAUUCAAAUCUGUAUGAACUUAAAAGUCGUAUGACUAACCCAUAUUACAUAGGAUAAACUUGGUAUAUAAAUUUAAGAAAACUUAAUGGUUAAUUGGAUCAGGGAAAUCCGGGAUGUUUGAAGAGGUAAGGCGAAUUUAGGCGAUUCAGUGCGACUCGUGCGGUGACUUAAUAAAGCAGUCGGUUGGUCCCGUAGUGUGGACUUUAAUUAAAUUAAUAGUAAAACAUGGUUAAAUCAAUUGUUUGCUAAUAUUUGCAUUGUUUUUUAUUUUAGUUCAAACGCCAGCUCCUGUAAAGAAUAUCAAUGUUUCACCAUCGGAUUACUCUGCACGUGUGACCUGGGAAAUACCUACACCUCAGGACUCCACCUAUAUAACACAUUAUUUAAUUUAUCUCAACAACAAAUUUGUGAAGGAGAUAUCUCGAGCAAUGUAUGGAACCGAAUUCAAUAUUCUUCCACUUAAACCGAACACUGAGAAUACUUUUGGAAUACAGACCAAAGAUGGUUCUGUCCAGGGAGGCACUUACGUCAGUGAAACCUUUACAACUAAACAAGCAGGUAAAGAUAGACAUGGGGUUCGCGCAAAACUUGAAUGUCCUUGAAUGUCCCUGAAUUUGUAAAGGAGUGCGAAAGUCUUGGAAUUCGUCAUGCUUUAGUUUAUGGAUAUUUUAGUUCUGAAAUUAUUUGACAUUCAAAAACGGACAUUUUGUUGAAUUGAUUUUGCAUGAUCAUACAGUAUUUGACAAAGCUGUUUGAAAUUCACUAAAGUUGCGUUUUGAACAAUUCAACGUGACAUUGUACUGAUUUCGAACGCUUUCUUUUCAGUGUUUAGUGCUUGAAUAUGCCGAUACACAUGGUCUUGAAUGCCCUCGUCCUCGAAAAGACCUUGAAUUUGACUUUGUCUGCAUGAUAUGUACGAACUCUGGAUAGAAGAUACUACAAAAAAGUUACUUAUCCCCGCGUAUCAAAAUAAGCCCCCUCCUUGUUUUUAGAGAAAAUUUAUUAAGCCCUCUCAUCUCCCCUUCAAUUGCAUGAGCAAACUGGCUAGAUUCACUUAUUGACCAUGGAAUUUCACAUAAUUUACUUCAUUUCAUACUUUUAGAACCUUUUACUUAUGGGUCGAUCGCGAUAUCUUAUUCAAGUCUAACCAUAUCGAAACCACCGGCAUAUAUCAAGUAAGU